AUGUCUCUCAAAAGCCAAGUAUUCGCCAUAACCGGCGCCGGACAGGGGAUCGCACUGGCUACGGCGAGGUUACUUGCCAGCAGAGGUGCAAGCGUAUCUCUUGCUGAUAUGAACCCGAAUACACUCGCAGAAGUAGAGAAGGAAUUCCAGGGGAAUGACUGGCCAGUCCUUGUCACAGUCGUUGAUGUCAGGAAACGCAAAGACGUGGACGACUGGAUCAUUGCCACCGUACAGAAAUUCGGAAGACUUGACGGCGCGGCCAACAUCGCUGGGAUUAUAGGCAAACAGAUAUUCAAAGCGCAGGUGACCGAGAUAGAAGACGAUGACUGGGAGAUGGUGAUGAGCGUUAAUGUAACCGGUACGAGCGAUGUCGCCCCUUCCCUCACCACCUCUGACCCCCUGGUAGGAGCUGACAAUAUCUCAGGGACCAUGAAUUCGAUGCGAGCCGAAUUGAAACACCUGGUGGACGGUGGAAGCAUAGUCAAUAUCUCCUCGCAGGACGGCUCUCGCGGAGUCGCGUGUUGUAGCGCAUAUUGUACCUCGAAGCACGCUGUUCUUGCGCUCACUCGAUGCGCCGCUAGAGAAUAUGGAAGUCGCGGGAUUAGAAUAAAUACCGUUGGGCCAGGCGCAACUAAGACUCCUCUCUUCGACAGCGUGGUUCAAGGAGACCCUCCACCCCCAGCUGUCGCAUUGCAACGGUAUGGGGAGCCGGAGGAAAUUGCGUACGCCAUAGCGUGGCUUCUGGGUCCCGAGAGCGAAUACGCUACCGGUGAGCUGUUCCGUAUUGACGGUGGUGAAUUUUGUUAG